GGGACUUUGAGUUACAUGGGUUUGGCGAAGAGAGCGAAGGCGAGAGAGGAGGGUCUUUCGAUAGAAUAAUAUCCGCUUCCGUUACAUUUGUCGGUUAUUGCUUUGUCAGACAUUAUUCUUGUCAGGAAGGAUAAAUACGGUCUCGCUCCCCCGUGGACGGUUCAAUGGCCUACGCAUAUAACAGGAAGUUACGCCGAGUUGGACCGGGAUUACGUUACACUUCAGCGACUUCUCUCAUCCUACUUGUUCCUCUGUCUUGUUUAGUCAUGUGACUUAAUGACGUUUUCAAGCGUACUAGUUUACUGGAAGUCUACACGUCGUGCUGAACUGUGAUUUCCCAACUUUAUUAGGGAGGGCAAAGAUACCAUGUGGCAGUCACAUGAACGUCAAGAAUGAAACAACCAGGGAGGAAGCCUGAGACCACUACUGCACAGUUACUGCCUCCGAAAGGAGGAUUGCUGUUUCUGAAGCCCAAUUGAAUUGGCAAAGCCCAACCACUCAGCGCCAUGUCACUGAGUACCCGGUUAUAUGCCACGAACAUCACCACACCACCGCCCAAUAUCAAUGGGGAUGCGGCGGUGGGUUAUGUGUUGGUGCCGUUCUUCCUGGUCACGGUCAUUGGUAUAGCAGUUGCUGUGAUCAUGUAUAUACGCAGGAAACAAAGAAUCGACCGGCUCCGUCACCAGCUGCUGCCAGUGUACACAUACGACCCGUCAGAGGAACUAAACGAAGCAGAACAAGAGCUGUUGUGGAAGGAGGAGGAUACAAAGGUUGUUCAAGGUUGGGCCCGAUCCUACCAACAACGGCGACCUCUGCUGGCGAAAGAUGUCCAUGCAUGACUGAUGACAUGCCUUGCCUAUUAAAUUAUUAUUUUUGUUGGCCAACAGAAAUUAGUUACCACCUUAGUUUCUUUGGGGUCAGCAUGCACUGAUCAGAAAGCUAAUACCAGGAGUAGUGACUAUUUGCUAUUGCCUUGGUUAAUUUAAUGUAUGGAUCCUGUUUGUUCUGAAAUGGUGGUAAAUCCUGUGCCUGAUGGGAGCCGCAUAGAAGAGUUAUUUAUUGGUCUUUAUUUAUUCGAUUUUCAUUGAUGAAGGUUAUGGCAUCAUUUUACAUAUUAAGAUGUCUCUAUUUUGUUAUUGACAAAUAAUUUCAUUGCAGCUGCCUUCUGACACAGAAAUGUAUGUUGCUGUGGGGCAAACCAGGCUCCUCCACAAUCCGUUUCACCCCCAACAGUAAGACUCUACGGUCUUUUGCAACGUUCUUAUUUCCGUUUGUGUAAGCUUAGCUGCUAUGGCGGCUUUAGAGGGAAGUUUUGUUUUAUACUUCCACAUUUUAUUCUUGAAUUUAAAAUAAUGUGAAUGUUUAGAAACAUGCCUAAUAAUGAUAUUCCUCAUGGACACAAGUUUUAAGGUCAUAAAAAGUUGAAAUGGCUGAACUUCCUCCUUCCUUUAUGCUCAGCGUAUGACUCUCUUCUGUGGCAUCUCAAAGUUGAUCUGGAAGUGGUCUAUGUGCCCACUCCCUUCCCCUCAACAUCAAGGAGUGACUAGAACCUUAAAAAUGUCCUCUCUCUGGAAGGCAUGGCACCAGGAUACAUUUAUUUCCAACUGAGGAAUGUGUUUAGAUGAAUACCAUAGCCACAAGUGUGCACUCAGGAAACCUCUGACACAUGCUAUUGAUGGACUUCCGAUUGCUUAAAAAGAAAUGAUUACAUAAUGGCUGGUCUCUGCGAUGUUGUUGGCCCGUCUAUCAGAGUAUUCAUAUAUGUGUGCAAGCAUGUCUGGUCCACCUUAUUGGUUUCCGGAUUUGUAUCAGGAACAUCAAUGUUUUAAAAUGUAAUAAAAAGAAAGCCCCACUCUUAGUCAGUGAAAUGUGAUGUGUCAUCAAAUUUAAUAAUAUUUUUUGCACUAAAGUUUCCUGUAUGUUUUAAAUUGCAUUAUUUAAAAUUAAGUUGAGAACAGAACAUAUAACAUGUGCCAUCAACAUCAUUUAAUUUCUAUUCCUUGUCAAAUGUUUUUUUACUUUGAAACCCAUUGUUGUAAAUAAAACGAGUAUGCCCUUCAGACUAAA